UGUUGGCACGAUGUUCUCACAUUGGGUGUUCUAUAGAUCUAAUUAAUGUGUUCCUGCGGAAGAGGAGAUACUCCGACAAAAAUAAUUAGCUAAAUGUUAGCUGCUUCAGGUGUCUUGUUGUACAACAACAUUUUCUGUCCUAUUUGAUGACAUUUUCGGUCAGAAUGUGCAACGGUUGUGUCCAUAAAGAGUACCCGGACCGGGGCAACACUUGUCUGGAGAACGGCUCUUACUUGAUGAACUAUCUGGGCUGUGCGAACUGCCAUCAGAGAGACUUCGUGCUGAUCAGCAACAAGGCCACGGAGGAUGAUGAUGGGGAGGAAAUUGUCACAUAUGACCAUGUUUGCAAAAACUGCGACCACGUCAUCGCCAGACACGAGUACACUUUCUCUGUUGUAGACGAAUAUCAGGAAUACACUAUGCUCUGCAUGCUGUGUGGAAAGGCAGAGGACGCCAUCAGCGUGUUACCAGAUGACCCCAGACAGUCUGCACCUCUCUUCUAAACCUCAUUAGACACAGAAAACUGCAGUUUUUAGAUUAUCACGAGCAUGGCUGCCCUUUUAAAAGCUGCAACUGCCCAGCCUCACCGAUUGAAAGUUAGGCCUCUGAAAUACCACACCAGGCUUUAUUGCUUGCUUUUAAAUAGUUUUGAACUGCUCUUUGUUAUGAUAUUGGCAGGACAGUACUUUUUACAAAACUUUAUAAUGCAAAAAAAAAAAAAAGAAAAAAUCCUGUUUUUUAUUUGACAGUAGUCUGUAAAUAUUUUUGUACUGUUGCUUCUGUUACAACAUCCAAAGGAUGUGCUGCUGCUUUUUCCCCACAGGGCCUGGGACAGUUUUGAUUCAAAAGAAACCUUGUAAUGAAAACUGCUUGCCCAAUUUUAACAUUUGAUUAAGUAUUUAAAAAAAAUUUAAAACAGAAGUUACUUUUUAAAGUACUAAAUAAAGGUGAAUUUCAAUAAAUCAUUGAAAAGUUUAUUUCAGUAAUUCAAUACAAAAACAAAAUUCAUAUAGAUUCAUCACACUAUUUUAAGCAUCUAAUCCCGUUCUGUGAUGGUUAUGGCUUACAGCUAAUAAAAAACCCAAAUUCUGUCUUCCUGAAAGUGAGAUUAGUACAAAUAACCAAUAAAAAUCCAAUUAAAAGAUAUAAUCAAAGAUUAGUGGAAAGUUGAGUGGAAGCAAAACAUCUAGAAUUAAAAUUUACACAAGGUAACCACAGCCUUGAGAAGAUUGUGAAGAAAAGUCGAAGAGUUUGAGGGAGAUUCACAAGGUGUGGACUGCAGCUGGAGUCAGUGCUUUAGGAGGCAGCCCCCACAGACGGAUGCCAGACAUGGGUUACAUCUGUUGUAUCCCUUGGAUUAGGCCCCUCCUGAACUAGAAACAUCAGCAGCUUCUUACAUGGCUAAAGAGAAGCAGAACUGGACUGUGACUCAGUGGACCAAAGUCCUCUUUUCAGAUGAAAGUAAAGUUUGCAUUUCAUUUGAAAAUCGAGUCUCAGAGUCUGAAGGGAUAAGAGCCUCAGCGGAUCUACAGGCUCAUCGCUUCCACCAGCCUCUGGUAUCACAACUGGACAUGCUUGGGCAAACAUUUCUCUGCUAAAAAUUUCAAUUGUUCUGUAAGAUCUAAAAUCACAAGAAACUCUGAAACUUUGUGUUUCAUUAACUAAAAGUUAUAAUCCUCAAACUGAAAAGAAACAUGCAAUAUGUCACAAAUUUAAGUUUCCUUUUUUGAAUUGAAUUACUGAAAAACAUUUUUAAAUAAUUUUCUAAGUGAUUAGAUGCACUUUUAUAAACCAAUCUGUUAUCUGUAAAAUAAUUUUCCCCAAAAAUUGACCAUAAAUUAAAAAACAAUGUGCUGCAGGUUCAUUGAUGGAGGUAGUUUUGAAUUGGAACAGAAAAUAAAGGUCUUUAAAGAAUCACAAUUUAUGCAUCAAAGCAAAUGAUAAUUUCUUACUAAAUUCAAAUCCAUCAAAACACAUGCUUUUAGCUGAUGCAUUUGCAGACUAAAAAAAGUGGGAAUUGUACCUUUUGAUGCAUUAUAUGAACAGGGUAAUAAAAUAAGCAGGAUCCAUCAGUAUUUGAGCUUCCAAUCAAUGAUCAGAGUCAACCGUGGGAAAACCGCAAGAUUUUAAUUACUUCUAAGGAUUGAAUACCAAUUAUAUUAAAUAUAUAAUGUAUAAGGUAAAA